CUCUCUCUCUCACACACACACAGACAUACGUGACGAAUCAAAACCAGUCGGUGAAACGCGACCAUUUUCCUCAGCUCAAUCUUCUUCUUCAACCUCAAUCCUCCGAUCAAACCCCCAAAAGACCCAACCUUUCUCUCUAUCUCACUUACUUACACACACAGACAGGCUUAUACUUCAUAUAAACGCGCUUACACAGGCAAAUCGUAGAAUGCUUCUUCAUCUUCUGAAAAUCGAGUGGAAUUGGUGUACAGAACCACAGUUUUAAGCAUGGACAACGAAAAUGUGGCUAAUCAAGUCAAAAAUGUGCAAUUUGAGAGUCGUUCCAAGCCAUUCGAAAUCGAUCUCAACGAAAUCCCUUUGCCCUCACCUCGUGAAACCCUAGCUGGAAAUGAAGUCAUUGUGGUGCAGCUGGAAGCGGAAAAAGGGGGUCCAUGCGGGGAGCUUUUCUGCGGGUCGUGCGGGAAAGGUUCUGAGGUGGAAGGGGGCAUGUUAGCGUGUUUUGAGUGUGAGAGACGGUUUCAUGUGAAUUGUUUGGGGUCAAGGGAAGGGCACAGCGAGUGGAAAUGCUCUAGAUGUUUGUCGAACAAUGGAAGUGAGAGAAAUCGAGGUGGUGGUGUUGGGUUUUUGGACAUCAAUGCCUCGCCGCCACGAGAGGAUGGGGACGGAGAAGGCAUCUUCGCGGAGCUGGAGAGCUCGGGGCAAGGAGAUAGAGGGCGAAGUGGUGGCAAAACGCAGGCUGUGCUUGAUGCUUCCUUUUUUGGCCAUUCAUCUAAUGCUCCGAUGGGCUACUCAAAUUUGUUAUAUAGGGUAAACGGUUUUGAACUUCAGAAGUCUUCUUGCAGUGCUUCACAUAUUGCUAAAUCAGGUUUUGAAAGUACAGUGCAUACCAGGCUACAUUUUGAUACCGAUUCUAGUCAUUGUACACCACUGAAUUUUUAUACCCAGAGUCAGAGAGAAGUGUACUUACAAGGUCUUAGAGAAUAUAUACUUGAAAAGAAAGGUGUAUUAGAUGACGGUUGGCACGUGGAAUUUAGUUAUUUCCAGAACCAAUGCAAAACAUUUGCAGUUUACUAUGCUCCAGAUGGAAGUAGGUUUGAAUCUAUGUCUGAUGUUGCUCAUCAUCUUGGACUGAUAUCUAACUGCCAUUCUUUGGAAACUGAAGACGGAGUUAAGGGAUAUGCUUUAGCCCAGAAAGGAGCACAAUUUUACCGAAGAAGGAAGGAAUCUUUCAGGUAUUUGGGAGCCAAUAGUUACAGGCAAACUCAAGAUAUUCCAAGGAGCAGUUUGGGUAGAGGCUUUUCUCCAGUCUUGGAUAUGAUGGAUACUCAGGCCAGCAAAUGUAAUGAUAGCAGAAAUGCUGUGGAACUUGACUUGAUAGAAACUGGUGGCUGUGGAUCUGGACAUAAUUAUGUAAAGGAUGGCUUCCCUGUUCAGUUUGAAGACUUUUUUCUUAUUUCUGUGGGAAAGGUUGAUCCACGGCCAUCAUACCAUAACUCAGGCCAGAUCUGGCCUAUAGGUUACAGAUCUAGCUGGCAUGAUAAGGUCACGGGGUCCCUUUUUGUAUGUGAUGUUUCAGAUGGUGGUGAUUCUGGCCCAAUUUUUAAAGUCCAAAGAUGUCCAUGCUCCACAUGGUCCAUUCCUAAUGGUUCAACAGUCCUGUCAAUGACAUCUGGCUCAUUGGAUCGGGAAGGCAAAGAGUGGAAAGAUGAUUCGGCCAUUUUUGGAAUGGUUGAUGAUGAUAAUACAGCAAUUGAAUUGAUGCUAACAGAACAUAACCCACCACAUUUGGAUGAUGAUAUAUCAUUAUGUUCUAUGGAGAGAGGAAAUGAAGAUUUUGACUUUCAAGAAGCAGAUCGGUUGACAACAGAUGCUGAUUUCCUUAGUCGAAGUUCCGGAAACAUCAAUUUAGAUAACCCAGGACUAGGUGAUAGUAUCGGCAAAUAUUUAGUGGAAGGGAGAUCACCAUCAUCUGCAUGGGAAAUGAUCUCCCAAACUUUUCUGAAUGCUUGCCGUGAGUCAUACAAGCAAAGAGGGGUACUUCAGUUUUGCUGCAAGCAUGAUGUAAAUAGGAUGAAUGUUGAAGCUACAGGCACUUUUGGUUCAUUGUCCAAGUUUUGCUAUUUUACUGGCCCUGUCAACAUUCCGCAUUUAAUUCAGAGCGAUACUGAGUUUGAUGCUAUUUGUGAAAUGCUGGCAAAAUGGUUGCACCAGGACAGAGUUGGACUAGAUGUGGAAUUUGUACAAGAAAUCAUAGAACAGCUUCCUGGGGUUGAUGCCUGUUCAGAAUAUAAAUCUCUGAAUAGAAGAAGGGUUAAUUCCACAUUACAAACAGUUGGAAGCGGGUACCUUCUGGCCAAAAGGAAGAGUGACCAACAAGUUGAAGAAGAAUCAGAUAUUUUCUUCAGUGCUUAUAAAAGACCAAGGAAGCAGGUAUUUGAAGGCUCUCAAAUGAGAGAUUCCUAUCCUUUGGGCAAGCCACUAAGCUCAAAGCUUCCCGCAUAUUUAGUUGGUGAUGUUCUCCAGGCGUCGGAUUUCUUACAUCGUUUCUCAGAGGUUAUAGGGCUGGAGGAGCCCAUUUCUUUGCGUGAGCUUGAAUAUGAACUCAUAAAUCCAUGGGUAGACAGCUCAAAUUCAAUAGGAAAGACUGGAAAUGAAAUUCAGGACAGUGGAGAAUUUACGGUGGAAGUUGUCCAAGCUAGAGUUGCUUACCAUCCUCGCAGCAAAUGUACUGGUGCAGCAUUGACAAAGACUCACAGCUCCUUGCUGAAAGUCCUUCUAGGUGAAUUGCUUUCAAAGGUUGCAGCUUAUGUAGAUCCUAACUUUGAUGCUGGAGAGCCUAAGUCAAAACGAGGUAGGAAGAAAGAUGGAGACAACUUGGUUAAACCAAAGCCCUACAUUCUCCCUGUUAAUGAACUUACUUGGCCUGAAUUAGCUCGGAGAUAUAUUUUAGCUGUGUUGUCCAUGGAAGGUAACCUUGAUUCCUCAGAAAUCACUUGCCGUGAGAGCGGAAAAGUGUUUCACUGCUUGCAAGGUGAUGGUGGGACACUGUGUGGUUCUCCCACGGGAGUGGUUGCAAUGGAGGCAGAUGCACUGCUUCUUGCAGAGGCUAUGAAGCAUAUUUUUGGUUCAAUGAAGAAUAAAAAUGACGUUUCUAGCAUCGAUAAGGAGUCCAAUGCAGUGGGUGCUUCCAAAGUGAUAAAGGUGAAUGACAGGGACGUUCCUGAGUGGGCACAGGUGCUAGAACCUGUAAGAAAGCUACCCACGAAUGUGGGAGCUAGAAUCAGGAAGUGCGUCUACGAAGCUCUAGAUAGAAAUCCACCUGAAUGGGCUAAGAAGAUGUUGGAACAUUCCAUCAGCAAGGGAGUUUACAAAGGAAAUGCAUCAGGCCCUACUAAGCUUCUUGCAGAGGCUAUGAAGCAUAUUUUUGGUUCAAUGAAGAAUAAAAAUGACGUUUCUAGCAUCGAUAAGGAGUCCAAUGCAGUGGGUGCUUCCAAAGUGAUAAAGGUGAAUGACAGGGACGUUCCUGAGUGGGCACAGGUGCUAGAACCUGUAAGAAAGCUACCCACGAAUGUGGGAGCUAGAAUCAGGAAGUGCGUCUACGAAGCUCUAGAUAGAAAUCCACCUGAAUGGGCUAAGAAGAUGUUGGAACAUUCCAUCAGCAAGGGAGUUUACAAAGGAAAUGCAUCAGGCCCUACUAAGGAUAGGGUGGGGAUGUGUGGGGCACCUCCUGGCACGGGGCUGGGCAGCGGAGGGAUUACUACUUUGCCUGUCAAUUGCAGUGUUCAGUUAGGGUCUUCUGAUUUAGGGGAAUCUGAUCAGUUCCACCAUCAAAUCACAGAUUCUACAAUUAGAGCAGUUAUCUCGGUGCUGGCAGAUGUCAGUCGUGAACCUCUGCUGUACAAACCAGAGAAGAAAGAAAAAAGGAAGAAUCUCAACAGUGUAUCAGAUUUGAUCAUGAAACAAUGCCGUAUUGUGCUGCGGCGUGCUGCUGCAGCAGAUGAAGAAAGAGUCUUUUGUAAUCUGUUGGGAAGAACAGUUCUGAAUCCGAAUGAUAAUGAGGACGAGGGACUUCUUGGAUAUCCUGCAAUGGUAUCUCGUCCUUUGGACUUCAGGAGUAUUGAUAUGAGGUUGGAUGCUGGGGCCUACGGUGGUUCACAUGAAGCUUUCCUUGAGGAUGUUCGGGAGAGAGCAGUUAUCUCGGUGCUGGCAGAUGUCAGUCGUGAACCUCUGCUGUACAAACCAGAGAAGAAAGAAAAAAGGAAGAAUCUCAACAGUGUAUCAGAUUUGAUCAUGAAACAAUGCCGUAUUGUGCUGCGGCGUGCUGCUGCAGCAGAUGAAGAAAGAGUCUUUUGUAAUCUGUUGGGAAGAACAGUUCUGAAUCCGAAUGAUAAUGAGGACGAGGGACUUCUUGGAUAUCCUGCAAUGGUAUCUCGUCCUUUGGACUUCAGGAGUAUUGAUAUGAGGUUGGAUGCUGGGGCCUACGGUGGUUCACAUGAAGCUUUCCUUGAGGAUGUUCGGGAGGUUUGGCAUAAUAUACACACUGCAUAUGGGGAUCGAUCCGAUUUGAUUGAUUUGGCCGAUACAUUAUCCCAAAACUUUGAAGUCCUGUAUGAAAAAGAGGUUCUGACCCUGGUCCAAAAAAUUGUGGAGAAUGCCCCUUCUGAUUGUUUAAGCAAUGAGGGAAAGAAAGAAGAUAUGGAUGAUAUGCUUGAACGUAUAAGUGAGAGCUCUCUUCCCAAAGCCCCUUGGGAUGAAGGGGUCUGCAAAGUGUGUGGUAUGGAUAAAGACGAUGACAAUGUUCUACUUUGUGAUGCUUGUGAUUCUGAGUACCAUACGUACUGCUUAAAUCCUCCACUUGCAAGAAUUCCUGAAGGAAACUGGUAUUGCCCUACUUGCGUUACUGGUCAAUUUAUGUCUCGUGGUACAUUCUGUGGUACUCAGAUCAUAAGCAGGUAUGGCAGAAAGAGAUAUAAGAGAGAAUUCACUGAUAAUCAUUUGGAGUCGCUGGCCCAAUUAGCAGACAUGAUGGAGUUGAAGGAGUAUUGGGAGUUCAGCGUGGAGGAGAGAAUUUUCCUUAUGAAAUUCUUGUGCGAUGAGGCACUGAACUCUGCGAUUGUGCGAAACCACCUAGAUCAGUGUGCCUCUCUUUCUGCUGAUUUGCAACAGAAAGUGCGUUCCCUCGUCUCAGAAUGGAAGAACCUGAUGUUCAGAGAAGAAAUUUUGGCUGCAAAUCUGGCAAAAGUGAAGAUGAAUGUGUGUAACGGAGGUGGAGAAUUGCGAUCAGAUGCAUCAGCCUCUGUGCUUACUCACGUUGAUAGAUCGUCAGGGCAGCUGCUCACUAGUAUCAGCUAUACACCAUCCUACUCUAGUAACUUUGGAAAGUCAGAGGAUGGCCCACAUAGGAAUGGACCAAAUGAUCGUAUCAAUCAAUCAUGCUGGCCUUCUCUGAUAAGUGUUUCUCAGAAACCUUGUGCCAAUUAUAGAAAUCAGAUCAUGAACGAGUAUGAUACAGUUGGAAAACUACAAUAUCAGUCACCAGACAAGGAUCACAACCUAGUAUCUGGAAAUAUGUUUUCCGAUAGAAAUUCAGGUACAGAAGGCGCCAGUUGGCAAAAUGAGCUUCCUUUAUCUACUCAGCAACAGAAAAAGGACUUGAGUGGAGAAAAUGCCUGUAGCAAAUUUAACUCACAGCAACAGCCGAAAAACAGUUGUAAUGGUUCAAUGCUAUCUUGUGCUCAACUUAUGCCCGGCCAUUUCUCACCUGAUACCACAGGCACUUAUGUGCCGGGGCAUAUGUCUUCUAUGCAUGUGAAUUCAGAACAUUUGUUUCAUGGUCAUCAUCUCCCUAUCCAAGCUGAUGUGAGUGUAUCACAAGCCUAUGACCUUGAAAUGAGCUCCCUUAAAAGUGAGAUUUCUGGCUUGCAGGACAGAAUUACCACAAUAGAAUCAGAACUCCUUAGAGUAUCUGUUAGGAAGGAAUUUUUGGGGAGGGAUUCUGCUGGCCGACUGUACUGGAUUUUUGGCAGGCCAAUCUCUUGUCCACAGGUAGUUGUCUACAGGAGUGCGAUGGCACAACGGAGUAAAGUGGAGGAACAUGGGGACCUGCCUGGAAACAAUUCAACUUCAUGUAAUUCUCUUUCAUGUGGCACACAGGAUCCUUCAAAUCCAAGACAAUCACUUGUUUCUAAGUUGAAUGACUCUGAGCAGAACAUUCCCAUUUGUUCUUCAUGGACUUCAUAUCAAUCUGAUGAUGAAAUUGAAAAACUCAUUGGAUGGCUUAGAGAUGAUGAUGCAAGAGAGAGAGAACUGAAAGAGUCAAUACUGCAGUUGCAAAAAAAUAAAUUCAAACACUCCUAUCAUGCUGAAAAUCAUUUGCACAGUGAGAAACAUCCAAUGUCUCUGAAUUCCUCAAUUAGUGGAAUAGCUUUAGAUUCUGAUUUUCUGGUGACGAAGGCAAUGACUACACUAGAAAACAAGUUUGGUUCUUGCUUGGAGCAGGAGGACAAUGACAUCCCAAAGCAGCUGUGUCAAAAGGCUAAAGUAGUUAACAAGGGAAGAAUGUACAGGUGUGAAUGCCUAGAACUGUUAUGGCCAUCGAGACACCAUUGCCUCUCAUGCCACCGGAUGUUCUCCACAAGUGAGGAAUUUGAAGGGCACACUGAAAAAAUGUGCAGCCUGGGUUCACCUAUCCCUCAGAGUAGCCAGGGAAAUGAAGAUUCCUCAAAGAGGAAAAGGAUGAGGAGUGCUGGAUCCUUGCUUGACAAAUGCACUAAAGAUGAAACUAUUGUUAGAGCAUCUGGAAGUGAAAUGCAUGACAAGGGAACUAGUUUUAGAAAUUAUCAACAUGACCCUGAAUGUCCUUUUGACUUUGAGGAGAUCAAAGCAAAGUUUGUCACUCAAAGCUCUCUUAGGGAAUUGGUAAAGGAUGUAGGACUCAUUGGUUCUAAUGGGACUCCAUCAUUUGUGCCAAGCUUAUCUCCUUAUCUCAGCGACCCUGCCUCUACAUUGGUCCCUAUGAUGAGAAAUGAGGUCAGUUCCUGCAAUAGAUUCACUGGUUUGGAAGAUGAGCAGCCUCAAGCAAAUUCAGGAGGCAACAUCAAGCCGGGUGUGUCCAAUGAUGGCAUUUCCAAUACUUUAUCUGGAAAUUAUGAGAAUGGUGUACAUGAGGGGAGAUCGAAAGUUGAGAGAUUGAAACCCAAACAUGUGAAUGAGAGGGAUAAACUCUCUUCAAUAAAGAGUAAAAGUCCAGUGCUUGGAGUAGGUAAAUGCUGGAUUAUUCGCGAAUCCUUGUCGAGACCAUUAGUAGGCAGGGUUUCGGAAAUUCUAAGGCGGCUUAAGAUCGAUUUGCUUGAUAUGGAUGCUGCCCUACCUGAAGAAGCUUUCAGACCGUCAAGGGCACACUCAGAGAAAAGAUGUACCUGGCGUGCAUUUGUGAAGUCCGCAGAGUCAAUUUUUGAGAUGAUUCAAGCAACAAUUAUAUUCGAGGACAUGAUUAAGAGCGAGUACUUGAGAACUGAUUGGUGGUACUGGUCAUGCCCUUCAGCUGCCACUAAAAUCUCGACUCUCUCUGCCCUUGCUCUUCGCAUUUACUCCCUAGAUGCUUCCAUAAUAUACGAGAGACCUUCUGUUGUGGAUGCAACAGAAAUUCGAGACCCAGGUUGCAAAUCAGACGAAGAUGCUCCUCAAAAUUCAGCUUCAAUGGACAAACUGAAGCCAAGCAGCCCACUUAUGCCAAAGGCCCUUGAUUUAGAUCAUCCUGAUAAUUCCAAAUUAAGGAGCAGACAGAGCAGGAGAAGGAAAGACACCGGGGGUUGAAAUUUUGACAUAUAGUUCCUCUUGGUGACAAAUUAGACCUGAUGAAUUCACCUUUGCAGCAUGUGAAAGAAGCAGGCUGUUGUGUGCUGGCCACCCGGUUUUGACUGUGAUGAUGGAGUGCAAGAGCACUUUUGCUGCCCCACCCCUUCGUUUGUAUAUAUACAAAGCAAGUCAGUCUAAUACACUGAUAGAGAUUUUGGGUGGCACUCCAGAAUUCCCUUAUGCAAAUGACAUUGUGAUUCGCAUUUCCAAAAUGGAGAAUCCGGUAUCAUGUUUUGAAGAACAAGAUCUGUUUUAGCAUACCGAGGAAUCAAUCUGAUGUAUAUAACCAAAAAAGAUAGUAACAGGGAUGACAAAAUGAGCAGGUGUAGUUGUGUAUACAUGUUCCUUCAAUUUAUACAUGUUCUCUUUUCUUGCUGAGCAGUGAGAAUUUACAUCUUCUCUAUGUUUUUCUGCUGCUUCCACCCCCUUAGCCCUUUUGCGGACAA